GCCCGCCGACGGACCGACUGACGGACGGGUCCGACGGACGGACGGACAUGUGCAGCGCACACAUGUGCACACAUUUAGUGUAGCUCUAGGAGCGCUCUGGAGCGGCGCUGGAGCAGGCUGGAGCGCGCUGAUGUGCAGGCCGCCCUGGCCCGAGGCUAGCAGGCCAUCGGCAGGCCUCCGGCAAGGCCAGGCCUCACGCCAUGAGCUCCCUGGGCAAGGCUCACGGCCCGGCUCACCAUGAGCAGGACGCAGCGGCCGCCGCCCAGGACGACGUGGCGGGGGCGGUCGCUGAUGAAAACGAGAAGAAGAAGAAAGGGAAGAAAGAAGAAGCCAUCAAAUACCUGUCACUGACGCUACAAUGGUUUCGGGACAACAUCCUCCUCGGCUUCACCAUCGCCGGCGUGCUGGUCGGCAUCGUCCUGGGCUUCAUCGGCCGCCUGGCCGGGCCGACGCCGGAGAGCAUCGCGCUCAUGUCCUUCCCCGGGGAGGUGCUGAUGCGCCUGCUCAAGAUGAUGAUCCUGCCCCUCAUCAUCUCCUCGCUCAUCGCCGGCAUGGCUCAGCUGGACGCGCGGCGCUCCGGCCGCAUGGGCUUCCGCGCGCUGGCCUACUACAUGGUCACCACCGUGCUGGCGGCCAUCGUGGGCAUCAUCGUGGUGCUCGUCAUCCACCCGGGCGACCCCUCGGCGAAGGCCAUCGUGCGGGGCGCCGGGCCGGCGGGCGAGACCCGGGUGUCGACCCUCGACGCCAUCCUCGACAUCGUCCGAAACAUGUUUCCCGAGAACUUGGUCCAGGCAUGCUUCCAGCAAGUACAAACAUCGGUUAAAGAGGUUCCCGCCAAGUACAACAAGCCGGCCGUUGUGGAGAGGACGCUCGUGUACAAGGACGGGACCAACGUCAUGGGCAUGAUCGUGUUCUGCUUGGCGUUCGGCCUGCUGGCGGGCCAGAUGGGCCGGCGGGGUCGCAUCAUGGUCGAGUUCUUCGUGGUGCUCAACGACAUCAUCAUGAAGCUCGUCGGCAUCAUGAUGUGGUACUCCCCGUUCGGAAUCAUGUGUCUGAUCGCGGGCAAGAUCAUGUCCAUCGCCAACAUGGCCUCGACGGCGCAGCAGCUCGGCCUCUACAUGGUGACGGUGGUUCUGGGCCUGCUGGUGCACGGACUCGUGACGCUGCCCAUCAUCUACUGGACCGUCACUAGAAAGAACCCGGCCACCUUCUUCCGCGGUAUGCUCCAGGCCUGGGUGACGGCCGUGGGCACCGCGUCCAGCGCGGCCACGCUACCCGUCACGUUCCAGUGCCUGGAGGAGAACAACGGCAUCGACAAGCGGGUGACGCGCUUCGUGGUGGCCGUGGGCGCCACCGUCAACAUGGACGGCACGGCGCUCUACGAGGCCGUGGCCGCCAUCUUCAUCGCGCAGAUGAACGGGAUCCAGCUGGGCAUCGGCGACAUCAUCACGGUCAGCUUGACGGCCACCCUGGCGAGCAUCGGCGCCGCCUCCAUCCCGUCGGCCGCGCUCAUCACCAUGCUGCUGGUGCUCACCGCCCUGGGGCUGCCCACCUCGGACGUGUCGCUGCUCUUCGCCGUCGACUGGCUGUUGGACCGCAUCCGCACCUCCAUCAACGUGCUGGGCGACGGCUUCGGCGCCGGCAUCGUGUACCACCUGUCCAAGGACGAGCUGGACGAGAUGGACCAGGAGCGGCACGCGGACGACGCCGAGCUGGGCGUCGUCGGCCUGCUCGAGUCGCGCAAGCUGUCCGUCUUGGACGAGGAGACCCGGAAGCGCUCCGUGGACCUCGCUACCAGUGGCUCGGCGGCCAACGCGGAGACGACCAUGUGAGGGGGGCCAUCGGAGGAGGAGCAGGAGUAGGAGGGAGGGAGGGAGGGGACGGUAGGAGAGGAGAGGAAGCGGGAGGAGGAGGACCUUUUGGACGUCUAGUACACGGCGUUGGUCGCAGGGACAGACAUUGUACAGCAAGGGAGGCGACGUCGGGGAGCCGCGGCGCCCCGGGAAAGGGAGGGGGAGCCGCAGGAUCACUGCAGGGAGCAUUCGAGUUGAGCUCGGCGGGGUAACUCGCGAGGUAACUGACUAUUAAUUUUUACGAUAUACGUAACCAAAGAUUUUUUUCUUGCGCGCUAAGUAUGUACCAUCGGAGAAACAUUUUUAUUUUGGGGAGCCUCUGUAGCUCUUCGCCCUGUGUAUUAUUGGUUUGUAUAAGAGGCACACGCUCUUUCGGCGAGCAACGUAGCAUCACUGCCAAUAUCGGGGAAGGUUUCAAUACACGAGGAUUCAAAAUACUACUUGUAUUAUCGUCAAGUCGAACGGAAUAAUAUUUAUUUCUGAUCAUUUAAUCCACAUUGACAUUGUAUUAUGCAUCUAAUCAGUAUUUUAAUUGCUAUAUUACGAUAUAUGUACUACUCGUAUAAUGCUUCAUUGAGACGAUUAGAAAUACUUGAUUUCCGCCCAGCAUGUUAAAAAGGCACUUUGAAUGUAUGCGUCGUGUGAAUGAAUGUGUUUUGUGAAGAGCCAAGGACCGUUUGGCCGACAAAAGGCAGCCGGCAAGAAAAUGCACACAAGAUUGGACACUUGAUUGAAAUGUACACAAGUACGUUAGAUCGGGACGUUUGCUCCACGAACUCCCAGGGAAACUUCUGAAAAGACGUGGUGGCAAACAGUGAAUAAUAUAACCAUGUAUUUGUUCAUAGCGUAUCUCCCUACACAUUACUUUUGGCGUACCUCGUAAUGCGUACUGAGCAAAGUUUGAGUACAAAAUGAGAAAUGUAAGAUUUUUACGAAAUAUGUAUGCUCUAUAUGAAAAUAUGACCCAAAAUAUUAUCCAAAAGUAUUCGUAACUGGGUAGCAAUAUUUGAGCUUCUCUUUCACAGUGUAGGAACACUGCACGUUGUUCAAAUGUUAUACCCCAUAAAUAUUAUCAAGAGUAAAUUUAUAUUCUCAUGAUUAUGAUAUAGACAUAAAUUUAGAAAUAAUAAUUACAGUAUGUUUUAUCGGAAAAACGUAAUCUCGAAAUCUAUUUAUAUCGUAUGUAAUCUUGGAGCAUGAUUCCAGCCCUAGCGUGUAAUUUUUAUGUGAGCUAAUGUAAUGUUGUCCUUCCAGAACGCAAUUCCUAGUGUGUAAGUUACUAAAGUAAGUCCUCAUUAGGUUUUUAAGAUCGACGUAACUUAAGCAAGAUACGACUAAGAUAGAGACAUAUUCAUAUUACUCGUAUAGGAAGAUACUACUAGUCCGCACGCUGCGUGGUGGUACCACUGCCAUACUCAUCACCAUCGUUAUUUGUAUCUGGCCAUAUUAUCAUUGUUAAAUAAAAGUAAUUUAUUUAUA